UUGCAGUAUCUGGCGAUCAGCUGUUUGACAAAAUGCAUUAAUAAACUUAAACGUAGCGAAUCUAAAACAAAUAAACAAAUACUAUAUUUAUUUAAUGUAGUUAGUACAAAAUGGAAGUGAAUAGUGAUAUCUUUCAAUAUGCAAACAGAGGUGCUGACAGUAUUGGUUCUUCUGAGGAGACAGAUGGCUUAUAUGAACAAGAAUUCCCUAACAUACGCUCAUCCAUUGUGAGCAGUAGUAGGAAGCUAUGUCGUCCAGCGACACUAACAAAUAAAUUGCCCAUACUCAAAUGGCUACCACGAUAUCAGGCAUCCUUUAUAUUUCGCGAUGCCAUCGCCGGUUUCACAGUCGGUCUCACAACUAUACCGCAAGCGAUUGCUUAUGGUGUGGUUGCGGGCCUGCAGCCGCAGUAUGGACUCUAUGCGGCCUUUAUGGGCUGUUUCACUUACAUCAUUUUUGGUUCCUGCAAGGAUGUAACAAUUGCCACCACAGCAAUUAUGGCACUAAUGGUGCAUGAUUAUGCGAUAAUUACACCGGAUUACGCCGUAUUGAUCUCAUUUCUUGCGGGUUGCACGAUAUUGCUGCUGGGCAUACUUAAUCUUGGCGUGCUGGUGCGCUUUAUUUCCAUGCCGGUCAUUACAGGAUUCACCAUGGCUGCGGCGUGCACGAUUGGUAGUGCACAGAUUAACAAUCUGUUCGGCAUGAAGAGUCCGUCAAAUCAAUUCAUUCCGUCGUGGAAAUUCUUUUUUACGCACCUACCGAAUGUACGUUUAAACGACUCGUUACUUGGCGUCGGCAGUCUUAUAUUUCUACUGUUGAUGAAGCAAGUGAAAAAUAUACCGUACGGCAAUAAGACGUUUUGGAAAUAUAUUUCCCUAUCUCGCAACGCCUUGGUGGUAAUAUUCGGCACAUUUUUGGCAUAUCAAUUAAGUCGUGAUGGUUCGGAACCCUUUAGAAUCACAGGGAAUAUCACAGCCGGGUUGCCACCGUUUCGUGCACCACCAUUUAGCACAAUCGUCGAUGGUCAGGAGGUGUCUUUCACGGAUAUGAUAAGCACGGUCGGUUCCUCAUUGGCAUCAAUACCUUUAGUGUCAAUACUAGAAAUUGUCGCAAUCGCUAAAGCAUUCUCUAGGGGUAAAAUAGUCAACGCAUCGCAGGAGAUGAUAGCGCUCGGCAUGUGUAAUAUUAUGGGAAGUUUUGUAUCAUCUAUGCCGGUGACCGGUUCGUUUACCCGCACAGCUGUGAAUAAUGCGAGUGGUGUGAAAACGCCCUUGGGCGGCGCUGUAACUGGUGCAAUGGUUUUGAUGGCGCUGGCUUUUCUAACACAAACUUUCUACUACAUUCCAAAAGCAACAUUAGCCUCAGUCAUCAUAGCAGCCAUGAUUUCGCUGGUGGAACUUGAGCGUCUAGCCGAGAUAUGGAAAUCUAAAAGAAUGGAUCUCUUUCCCUUUUUCGUUACAUAUUUAACCUGUUUGUUUUGGAGUUUGGAGUACGGCAUUAUUUGUGGCAUCGUGGUGAAUAUCUCAUUUAUACUAUAUAGAAGCGCAAGGCCACAAAUUCAUUUAGAGAAGAAGAAGGUUAGCAAUUAUGAAAUAUGCUUUGUGGAUGUUAAGCAGCGUUUGGAUUUCGCAUCGGCGGAGUAUUUAAAAGAGAGAAUUAUUAAGUUUAUGAGCGGUAAUCGUUACGAUGUUAGUCUCAUUGUUAUUAAAGGAGAGGAAAUUAAUUCCAUCGAUUACACGGUCGCUAUGAACAUCAUCUCACUUAAGGAAGAUCUUGCGGUACUCAGUUGUGAUCUGGUGUGUUGGAAUUGGAAUCUAUCCACCGCUGGUGUCGUUUGCCGGUUGAAUAGCGAUUUGUGUAGCCUCUUUAAGAAUGAUCAUAGCAUCGAGGAGGUGGUGAAUAACUAUUAUUUAAAUCUACAAAGGAAAAAUGAGAGCUCCAUCGAUACUGUGUGCACAAACACUUCAUAGUUGGCUUUAUUUAACUAGUAUACGCGUACUUAACAGGUGCCAUUAAGUAAAAAUAGUAUUUGUUUAAAGUAUGUGUAAAUAUAUACAUACAUAUACAUAUAUUUGUUAGCUAUUAUAAUUUGACGGCCAAGUAUAGUAAAUAAACUUAUUAUUUAAUAAUAAGCAUAAUUAAGAGAGAACAACAAGUAUCAAUUAAAAGAAAGACAAUUAUUAAAUGUAAAAGACAAGAAAGACAAAAU